AUGAAGAUCUCAAAAACCUCAUUGUUAGUGAUGACUCUUCUUUCUAUCAUGUUAUGUUUCUUGCGAGCCAAGUCACAAGGAGUUUACUGCAGCAACCCUUAUCAACUAUGCUUCCAGAAGUAUAUAAUGUGUCCGGCAGAGUGCCCCAGCACCGGUGCCGCCACUAAUAACAAAGUCUGUUACGUAGACUGUCGUAACAUUCUAUGCACUUCCGAGUGUCGCAGGGCGAGUCUAAAUUGCAAUAGACCUGGACCGGCUUGUAACGAACCGAGGUUUAUAGGUGGUGAUGGGACUGUGGUCUAUUUCCAUGGAAAGAUCAAUGAACAUUUUAGCCUUAUCUCGGACACUGACCUUCAGAUCAAUGCUAGGUUCACUGGACACAGACCCGCUGAUAUAUCUAGAGACUUCACUUGGGUUCAAGCUCUAGGCUUCCUCUACAAUUCUCAUAAAUUUUCCCUAGAGGCCACCAAAGUGAACUCUUGGGACGACAGCAUCGACCAUCUCAGAUUCUCUUUUGACGGCCAAGAUUUAGUUAUCCCUGAGAAAAUUCUCUCCACAUGGUACUCCCCCAAAAAGGACAUCAAGAUUGAGAGAGCGACAAACAUGAACAGUGUGACCGUAACAAUCAAAGACAAGGCAGAGAUUAUUGUCAAUGUAGUUCCUGCGACUAAAGAAGACGGUAGGAUCCACAGCUACAACGUGCCUUCGAAUAACUGUUUUGCGCAUCUCAAGGUUCAGUUCAGGUUAUUUAACCUAUCACCAAAAGUUGAUGGAAUCUUGGGACGCACUUCCAGGCCUGAUUUCCGAAAUCAGGCUAAACCUGGAGUCGCAAUGCCACUGGUUGGUGAUGAGGAUACACUUAGGACAUCUUCCCUGUUCUCUCAUGACUGUAAGGCUUGCACUUUUACCGGUCUAAGUAGCUCAACCAAGUGGGAGACCAAACACGCAGUAUUGGAUUUGGAUUGCACUCGUGGCGCGUCUUCCGGAUACGGAUUCAUUUGCAGAAGCAGGAAGUGA